AGGAGCAGGCGAGCAGAUGUAGAUGAAGCCUGACAUCAAUUCUCAUCAUCACCAAUUGAUAAUUAUUAAUGUUUUCAUUGGUUAUAUAUAUGUAUAUAGAAAAAGAGGAGAAGAGAUAUAGAGUUGCAGACAGUAGUAUCCCUCCCUCCCUCCCAAUAUACAACAAGAAGUGUGUUGCUGCUACUUGUGUUGUGUUAAUCAAUAUAGCUUGAGCCUGCCAUCUUCCCCUCCUCCCUUUCCGUCGCCCAUAUCAUCAAUCCAUCCCCCAAUUCCGCGAUGUAUACUGUUGAUAUUGAUCGCGAGGAAGACAGUGAUGAUGUCAUGCAUCAGCAAGCAGCCAAUGGAGGUCAAAACUCCAGUUGUGCUAGUGGGCCAGAGGGACGAACUGAACCAACCCAGGUGCCCAAGAGGACCAAAAAUUUAGCUGCCAAGAUUCCUUUGGCAGAUCUUUCCAGAAACUUGCUUUUGGCCUACCAAAGCUUUGGGGUGGUAUAUGGAGAUUUGAGCACUUCUCCUCUUUACGUAUACAAGAGCAUAUUUGUUGGGAAGCUGUCAAGUCAUACCAAUGAGGAUGCCAUAUUUGGUGCAUUUUCUCUCAUCUUUUGGACCUUAACAUUGAUACCUCUACUCAAAUACACGCUCAUACUGCUAAGUGCUGAUGAUAAUGGUGAAGGUGGAACAUUUGCUCUUUACUCUCUGCUCUGCAGACAUGCAAAGUUUAGUUUACUUCCAAAUCAACAAGCAGCUGACGAGGAGUUAUCCACUUAUAAAUAUGGCCCUUCGGCUCAGCAUGCAUCAUCUGUACCAUUGAGGCGAUUUCUUGAGAAACAUAAGAAGUCGCGAACGGUUCUACUUCUUGUGGUAUUGUUGGGGGCUUGCAUGGUCAUAGGUGAUGGUGUAAUCACUCCUGCAAUUUCUGUUCUGUCUUCUGUAUCUGGAAUUAAAGUUGCAGAGAACAAGUUAACUCAGGGUGAAGUUAUAUUGAUUGUCUGUGUGAUAUUGGUUGGGCUCUUCGCUCUUCAGCACUGUGGUACACACAAGGUUGCUUUUCUAUUUGCACCAGUUGUCGUCCUUUGGUUGAUAUCAAUAUUUGUCCUUGGGCUGUACAAUGUAAUACAUUGGAACCCCAAAAUAGUCUCUGCUCUUUCUCCACACUACAUUGUUAAGUUCUUCAAGGAAACUGGCAAAGAUGGAUGGAUAUCACUUGGAGGAGUUCUCCUGGCCAUUACAGGUACUGAAGCUAUGUUUGCAGAUCUUGGCCAUUUCACUGCCAGCUCAAUUCGGAUAGCAUUUACCUUUGUUGUAUACCCUUGUCUUGUGAUCCAAUACAUGGGCCAGGCUGCUUUUCUCUCAAAAAAUAUCCCAUCCAUUCCACGUGGUUUCUAUGACUCAAUACCUGGUAGCAUAUAUUGGCCUAUGUUUGUGAUUGCCACUCUUGCUGCAAUUGUUGCUAGUCAGGCUAUUAUUUCAGCUACAUUUUCUAUUGUUAAACAAUGUAACGCACUUGGUUGUUUCCCAAGGGUCAAGGUUGUCCACACCUCAAGACACAUAUAUGGGCAGAUCUACAUACCAGAAAUAAAUUGGAUUCUCAUGAUUAUUACCCUUGCUAUAGCAAUUGGAUUCCAGGAUACAACUACAAUUGGGAAUGCAUACGGCCUGGCUUGCAUGACAGUCAUGUUUAUAACAACAUUUCUCAUGUCACUCGUCAUAGUUUUUGUAUGGCAAAGGAAUCUCCUGUUUGCAGCAGCAUUCCUCCUUUUCUUUUGGAUCAUUGAAGGUGCUUACUUGUCGGCUGCACUCAUCAAAGUUCCUCAGGGUGGAUGGGUCUCCCUUUUGCUCUCUGUGAUAUUUAUGUUCAUCAUGUUUGUCUGGCAUUAUGGGACACGUAAGAAGUACAACUUUGAUGUGCACAAUAAAGUUCCAUUGAAAUGGCUGCUUGGAUUGGGCCCCAGCCUUGGUAUUGUUCGUGUUCCUGGGAUAGGUCUGAUUUACUCAGAAUUGGCAACAGGAGUGCCUCCUAUCUUCUCACACUUUGUGACAAAUCUCCCUGCUUUUCAUUCGGUAUUGGUUUUUGUUUGUGUAAAAUCGGUCCCCGUGCCUUAUGUCUCACCUGAAGAACGCUUCCUUGUCGGCCGCAUUUGUCCAAGACCGUAUCGUAUGUAUCGCUGUAUUGUCAGAUAUGGAUAUAAGGAUAUACAGCGAGAUGAUGGGAACUUUGAAAACCUGCUCAUUCAAAGUAUAGCAGAGUUCAUCCAGAUGGAAGCUGUUGAACCGCAGUUCUCAAGUUCUGAUAAUGCAUCAUUUGAUGGAAGGAUGGCAGUGAUAAGCACCAGAAAUGUGGGAACCAAUUCAAGUUUAGUUGUAUCUGAGCGGGAUGAUUCUGAUGAAAUUGUCUCCAUCCAGAGUAGCAGAUCUUUAACUCUUCAGAGUUUGAGAUCAGCUUAUGAUGAUGAGAACCCACAGAUCAGGAGACGCCAAGUCAGAUUUCAAUUGCCAGAAAGCCCUGGCAUGGAUGUCUCGGUCAGGGAAGAGCUUUUGGACUUGAUCCAGGCCAAGGAAGCGGGCGCGGCAUAUAUUAUGGGACACUCGUACGUGAAGGCAAGAAGGUCAUCCUCGUAUUUGAAAAAGCUUGUAAUUGAUAUUGGAUACUCCUUCCUUCGCAAGAAUUGCAGGGGUCCUGCUGUGGCUCUAAACAUUCCUCACAUUAGCCUUAUUGAAGUUGGCAUGAUAUAUUAUGUGUAAUUAAUGCAUCAGUUCUAUUUAACAGAAGUUCCUGAAUCAGUGGUUGCGAUACGCUAGCACAUCAGUCAAGGCUGAUAAGCUUUUUGUAGCAGCAUAGCUUUCAGGUCAUAAAUUGCUUUAUGCAGCUGUGUUGGAUUGUACCCAGCUUGUGUAUAUAAUUACUUGAUGUUAUAGCAUCAUUUUGAUCAGUUACACCAAAAAAAUGAUGGGUUAAACUCCUGAUAAAGCGUCGUGCCUGUUAUGCAGCUGUAUACUUUUGGAUUGGGAACCGAGUCGGCAAAAAUGCUGAAAACUUGAGGCUAAAUGAUUGAUUGCGAAAGAUUUUAUUUGGUGACUGGGGAGACUGUUGAUUUGUGCUCUGGCAUUGUUUCAGCUAUGAUUCUUGUAUUCUUUUCUGUGGAUUUAAAAGUCCAUUCCAUUAGUAUUUACCUAUUGAUGCUGGGCUUUAAUUUAUUACUGUA